GUCAAAUUAGGCGAAGAAAAGAUGGCGGAGGCUUUGCCAGGAGACCCGGAAGCACUUACCCUCCACUUCCUCCUUCUGUUUGGCUUCUGUCUCACCUAGACCCGUCCGGUCGCAGACUGUCUCCGAGACGCUUCCUGUCCGAAUCAGCAUGAUUCUUCAGAGGCUCUUCAAGUUCUCUGUCAUUCGGUCAGCCGUCUCAGUCUAUUUACGGAGGAACAUUGGUGUUACAGCAGUGGCAUUAAAUAAGGAACUUGAUCCUAUACAGAAACUCUUUGUGGACAAGAUUAGAGAAUACAAAUCUAAGCGACAGACAUCUGGAGGACCUGUUGAUGCUGGUCCAGAGUAUCAGCAAGAGCUGGAGAAGGAGCUUUUUAAGCUCAAGCAAAUGUUUGGUAAUGCAGACAUGAAUACAUUUCCCGCCUUCAAAUUUGAAGAUCCUAAAUUUGAAGUCAUCGAAAAACCCCAGGCCUGAAGAAAUAAAGUAAAAUUAAUCUGGUAAUUUGUCACGGGUUAGUUGUACAACUAGUUAGAAGUUUCAGAAUAAACAUGCAUUUCAUAACUGUCAAAUGUUCUUUUAAUUCUGAGUCCAAAUAAAUUAUUUGGUGAUGUUGA